GUCGCUUUGAUAUACCAAGACUCCUGGAACUGCCACUAUGCGGCGCAAGACAUGCGAUAUACCUAUUGUUGGCAGUUCAGUUGACAGAUAGAAUGUUUCGGGGAUGGCCACGGUUCCCGAGUAUAAUUCUCAGAAUCCUGAGUCUCACUUGCUAUCUACUUAUUUACCCAGUUUUUGCUCGCCGCUUCUACUCGCUACCCACGCUCAGUCUAUUAUCUGAUUUUGCCAUACUGACAUCGUUAAUUUGCGAUCCUACUUUAUGAAAAUGCUGGAGUUUAGGAAUGCAGAACCGGUGACUCCACCUCCCUGGGGCGCACUGCCAGUAGAGCAGUAUUUGAUUGCAUGUGGCACAGCGACAACCGUCGUGACCCUAGAUUCCGAUACCUGACACAACCCCAGCGUAAUUGGAACCCGGCCUCCGCGGCGACCACCAGCGAGCAGCGCCGCGCUCUGGUCCACGGUUUCCUGAACCUCGAGAUCAUGCCAGCCGAAUGGUUCACACCGCAGGAUGGCACACCGACCGACCCGCCCACCUCAGACCAAGUUCGCCAUGUUUUGCAGCCCUGGCGACCGCAGAAGCUGCGAAAGAUCGCUCAACACCUGCUGCACUACCGAUCAAACGACCUCGUCAUCUUGCGCACGCAUUACGACGAUGAUGGUACCGAAAACGAAUGGCUGAGCGAAUGGCUCGAGCGCGACAAGGAGCAGGACAUGCUUUACGGCUUCGGCGAAGAGUGGUGGCGUAUUCUCAGCGACCGGGCGUUGUUCAAUUUCGGGGACGAAUGGCGAGAUAUUUUUCUUACACUGCCAGAGCUGGUGGGCCGAUAUAGCAGUCACAGUCAGGGUCUCCAGAAAAGCAUCGGCCCCGCUUGGAUUGCUGAGGCUCGCAAUGCGGAGGACUGUGUGGACGAGGUGCAGUUUUUGUCAUACGUAGGGCAAUCGCCUCUGCUCGUUGCCGACCGCGACCCGUUUGAGGAGGAGGUAUUGCGUGCGAUAUUUUUGGAUUUACAUUCCAUCAAAUUCGUCAGAUUACUGUGCUAUGGUCAUAGCUGUAGCUGUAGCUUUAGAUAUCACAAGGAGCUGCGCAUUGUAUCCUAUACAUAGAUAGGUCGUACGCAAUGGUCUCGGCAGGUGGUGUGAAAGAUGAAACCCGGUCACUGGUAAUAAUCAUCGUUUCUGUGUGGGUGGGUGGGUUUCUAUGACGCCGGUUCCCAGCCGCCGGUGAACAUGGAUGAAGUUAGAGGUACGGUUUUUCGGGUUACACAUUCAGUUGCUGUUCUGUCACAUUUACUCCAGAAUUUUUCAAACUCGCGGCCUUGAAAGAAAAAGAUUGGGAUUGGUAUCGGCAGCGAAAUUUGGGCUUUCUUGUUGUGUGCCUUAGUAAGCAUGUUGCUUGUAAUCACGUUCCUAGGACCGUCUUUACUAUGUGUGACAAAGAGGGGUUACACUUGUGUGGUAUAACAA